AUGGCCAGUCGUCAGCAGCGGCAGCGGCAGCAGCAGCAGCAGCAACAACAGCCGCAAAAUGUGACAGCCUUUAGCCAAAAUCAGCCAACUGCAUAUAAACCACAGCAACAACAACAACAGCAGCAACAGCAGCAACAGCAGCAGCAGCAGCAACAGCAACAAGCAGUGCAACAAGUGCGUGCAGCAAACAUGACAUGUGACAUGUGUUGGCUAGCGGGUGGCCAGCAAACGCGACAUCUUCUAGCUGCUGGCGCUGCACCUGAGCAGCAACAACAACAGCAGCAGCAACAUCGAAUGACGAAUGACAAGACAUGCAAACGAGUUUGGUCCUGUGGCUGUGCCUGGGCACGGCUCAGACCGACAGCAGCAACCUGUUGCCAGCAACAGCAGCAGCAGCAGCAACAGGAGCAGCAGCAGCAACAGCUACACGGCAGCAGCAACAUAAGCCGACAUAAAUCCAUUAAAGCCGUACAAAUUCCAACUGCAGCAGCAACGGCAGCAACAAUAAAAAUAAACAACAGACAGCAGCAACAGCAGCAGCAGCAGCAGCAGCAGCAGCAACAGCAACAACAACGAGCAGCGCCCGAAAACGCAAAAUGCCACGAAGAUAUCGCUGGCAUUUCCAGGCGCAUGCAACAGAUCCAAGUCCGGGUCCGGGUCCAGGUCCAGGGUCCAGACAGAGGCACAGGCCAAAAGCCCCAGCUCAAUAAAUUUUUAUCGCAUGUGUGCCUCAGUGCGUGUGCCUUUGUCGCACGUGACCGCUGUAAGCAGCAGCAGCAGCAGGUACAACAACAACCUGCUGCCGGCAGGCAAGCAAGAGCCACCGUUGCUGUUGCCGCCUCUUGCAAGAUCAUAAUUCACACGCUGCAAUCGAAAAGCAAUAAAAGGCGAGCAGCGGCAAGUGGCCAUCAUCAUAAACGGCACGAUUUCGAGGCAAGACGCCCGGCCACAACAGCAACAACAGAAGGCAGCAGCAACACGAGCGAUAAAUCGACGCAGGGACAACAGGUGUCCAAUAACAACAGCCACAGCAGCAGCAACAGCUGA